AUCAGUACUGCCUGACCAUUAUCCUAGCUAUCGCAAGUUCGCAACCAUAUAUCUUGCAUAAAUAAAUCAAUCGUAAUGGCGGCGGCCGGCGGCAGCAGCAGCAAGAGGACGUGGGUGGUGGACGUGGAGAAGAAGCUCAAGGAAGCCGACAAGUCGGCGGAGGUGUCGAGGUGGGAGCGCCACUGCAUCUACCGCGUGCCGCCCUGCAUGACCAACAUCAAGAGCAAGGCCUACCAGCCGCAGGUGGUGUCGCUGGGCCCCUUCCACCACGGCGACCGCGACUUGCGCCCCAUGGAGGAGCACAAGCACCGGGCGCUGCGCCAGCUGCUCCUGCGCGCGAACCGGCCGCUCGACAACUUCGUCGCCGCCGUGGAGGAGGUCGUGGAGGAGCUUGAGGGCGCGUACAUGGACCUCGACACCGAGUGGCGUGCCGAUGGCGGCGGCAGGGAGCGGUUCCUGGCCAUGAUGAUCUUCGACGGCUGCUUCUUGCUGGAGGUGAUGAGGUGCACGGCCGCCGACGGGAAGCAGGUCGGCGACUACGCACAUAACGACCCGAUCUUCAGCCCCCACGGGAUACUCUACAUGGUUCCCUACAUCCGGCGAGACGUGCUCAUGCUCGAGAACCAACUACCUCUGCUCCUGCUCCAGAAGCUCGUUGAGGUUGAGAGUGGAAAGCCUUCGAACGACGACUUCAUCAACCGAAUGGUUCUGAAAUUUCUGGCCCAAUCAUCUGGGACACGACCAGCAGGCAUCGGCCUAGGGCUCCACCCGCUGGAUGUCUUUCGCCGGAGCAUGCUCACUGGUAAGCACCACAAAAUCCGUAGCCCCCAGGACAUCGAGGACGACAACGCCAUCAUCCGGUCAGCAGUGGAGCUCUAUGAAGCCGGGAUCCAGUUCAAGCCGAGCAAGACGUUGAGCCUGCACGACAUCCGGUUCCGGCGCGGCACGCUGAGCAUGCCGACGGUGUCGGUGGACGACUCCACCGAGUACAUGUUCCUCAACAUGAUGGCGUUCGAGCGGCUGCACGCCGGCGCCGGCAACGACGUGACAGGCUACGUCUUCUUCAUGGACAACAUCAUCGACUCGGCCAAGGACGUGGCGCUGCUGAGCUCCAAGGGGAUAAUCCAGAACGCCAUCGGCAGCGACCAGGCCGUGGCCAAGCUCUUCAACACCAUCUCCAGGGACGUGGUGCUCGAGCCCAACAGCGCCCUCGACGCCGUGCAACGGCAGGUCAACGGCUACUUCCGGCAGCCGUGGAACAUGUGGCGCGCCAACCUCAUCCACACCUACUUUAGGAGCCCCUGGGCAUUCCUCUCCCUCGCCGCCGCCGUCUUCCUCCUAGGCAUGACCGUCAUGCAGACCGUCUACACUGUGCUGCAGUUCUACGGGGGCGACAGCAACAGCCCGCCCCCAUCGGCACCAUCUCCUAUGUGAGCCAGCCGGCCGCAAAAACUUUAUAACUAAGUGCCUGCUACUCGAUCUUGCUGCAUGAAUUCGUUUUGUUUUCUGUUCCAGGUUUUGUUGUUGUCGUACAUCGGUCAAGCCUCUGGGUUAUCUGCACUGUGCAGGAGCAAAGAUAGCAUGUGUUGUGUUUGUGACUUUGUGUUGUGUUUGUGACUUUGUGUUGCGUUCGUCAUGAUUCA